AUGGCACAAGAUGUGCGCAACUCACAUUUGCAGCCUCCAGAUGCCGCUCCGCUCUCUGACGAACAGCUGUCGGAGCAACCAUCCGCUACCGAGUGGAUGUCGGCGCAAUCGAACCAUUCUACUGGCGCGCUCCACAGCGACAAUGAUAUCGUUCACCCACAUGAUGCAGUAGACUACUCGGCUGGACACUCACGUUCGCCAGAGAGUACAGUCGUGGGCGAAUUCGACAACAUUCCGGCAAUGGGGAAGAAACCUCGGACUUUACCAGCAUGGAUCCGUUCAGUCGAGUAUACCGAGGACGAUGUAGAUGCUGCUGUCACAGAUAGGCUACUUCCAUCACAGCCAGGAGAAGCCGUUGUCGCCCAGCACAAUCAUUCGCCUUAUGCAGCAUCAAGACCUACCCUUUCGAGUGGACAGGGUGAAAGUAGCAGGGGUGUCAUCGGACGAGAGCGCGAGUCGCGCUGGAAGAAUUUUUCCAGGGACAUCGCUUACCCUCGAGAACAAGGAGUUGAGGAGAAAUCCGUCACGCCGGACUGGUUGAAUGAGAAUCUCGGUGAUUAUUCUGAACCUUGGCGAGGCGAGGGCGAACCGGAUGAAGAUACCGAAGACCCCUUGAGGAUGAGACGACGACGAGAAAUUUGGUUCAAGCGCUUCCACAGUACGCUUCUCAAGAGCCCUAUGGUUCCCUUGAUCUUUCGACUUACGGUAUGGUGCUUUUCCCUCACUGCAUUGGCUCUUGGAGGCUCUAUCCAGCAUCUCUCGGGGAAGUACCAGCAUCCCCAAGGCCCCUCUGCACUAAUGGCGAUUAUCGUCGAUGCGGUUGCCUUGGUUUACCUCGUUUACAUUACAUUUGAUGAAUACACAUCCAAGCCGUUGGGUCUUCGCUCUCCCUCCGCCAAGGCGCGACUCAUUCUUCUAGACAUCUUUUUCAUUGUGUUCGACUCAGCCAAUCUCAGUUUGGCGUUUGAGUCACUCUCGACCGUGAGAGGCGCAUGCACAAUGGCUGAAGUCAACCAAGAAGUUGCGCCGAAAAACGACGCAAUAUGCGACCGGCAGAUCGCCUUGGCUUGUGUGCUGCUGAUUGCGCUGCUAGCCUGGCUCACCACCUUUUCUAUCAGUGUCCUCAGACUUGUCGAACGAGUUGCUUCAUGA